UAUAUACAAAAAAAAGUAAAACACGCGUUUAGACUACUGAUAAAGAUUGGCCUGUCUUACCGUUUUCUUUUCAGCAACUAAUAAGGGUUAAUGGAUAAACAUGCUUUUCCUGUCAUCUAAAAGAAAAAGGCUGUGCACGGUCUUAACCAUUCUUUCAUCAUCCACUUCUUUACUACUUACUAUUCCUUUCCUUCCUCCUUUUUUUUUUUUUAAAAAAAACAUACUAUGGCAACAAAAGAAUCCCUUCCAGGCACAGAGUACAAAGUUGGCAAUGUAUAAAAAAAAUCUUGGUAAUUGUAACACCAUUCUUGACAUUCUAAAUUUUCAUAUAUAACCUAUAUUUUGCGAUGAUCGUUAAUUACAAUUGCUUGGUAUUUCUGUCUUGCAUAAAAAUAUACACUGGCAAGCAUGACAAGAAUUUUCUCUUGCUUCCUUAUGGCUUAUGUUAGCCUCUCGCUUUAGUAGUGAUAAACUAUCAAUAUUGUUUCAGCACUCUAACUGGGAUAUUUUAAUUUACCGAGCUUUUCUUCACUUUAUUCAUAAAGCAGAA